CCGCUCGGCGGUGACUGCACUUUAACCCGCUCCCUGCUCCCCCAGACCCUCCCUCGGUAGAGGGCCGACCGUGACCCCGUAAUAGCGAAAGCCGCUAAACGCCCCCUUUUCCAGCUAUUCUCUCCGUUAUAACACGGUGUGAGACUGGAUGAACACAGCAGGCCAAGCAGCACUAGAGGAGCAGGAAAACUUGACGUUGCGGGUCGGGACCCUUCUUCAGAAAUCAACUCUCCGUUAACAGGUCAAACUCUGUGUUAUCCAGCCACACUCUAUCUCCUCCCCCACCUCCCCGCAACUUGAUAUGAAGGUGCCAAAGUUGGUCUGAGGUGGUCAAGGUCCGAAAUCACACGACGCCAAGAUAUAGUCCAACAGGUACGAUAAAUUUAGAAGCUUGGCAAGAAGUAUUGAAGAGAAUGAAGGAAACCUAGAUCAGUUUUCCCGCAGCUAUGAAAGCUUUGGUGUCAAUCGAUUGGCUGAUGGGGGAGUUUACUGUAAAGAGUGGGCUCCCGGAGCAAAAUCUGUGUCUCUUGUUGGAGAAUUCAAUGGCUGGAACUCCUCUUCACAUCAUUACAAAAUGUUGCCAUUUGGGAAAUGGGAGCUGCACAUUCCACCCAGAGCUGAUGGUUCAUCGCCGAUACCCCAUGGGUCGAAGCUGAAGGUGGUGAUAGAGUGUACAGCUGGCCAACAGCUAUAUCGCAUUUCUCCCUGGGCACAAUAUGUGAUACGUGAGCAGAAUGCCUCUACUUACGACUGGGUGCAUUGGGAUCCACCUGAGCGAUAUGAGCGCAAGUAUCCUCAUCCUCCAAGACCAAACAGUGUAAGAAUCUACGAAGCACAUGUUGGAAUUGCAUCACCUGAGGGGAAAAUUGCCUCUUAUAAGAACUUCACACACAAUAUGCUGGUCAGAAUUAAGAAUCUCGGUUAUAAUUGUAUCCAGCUGAUGGCUAUUAUGGAGCAUGCCUAUUAUGCCAGCUUUGGUUAUCAAGUUACCAGCUUCUUUGCUGCUUCAAGUCGCUUUGGGACCCCUGAUGAGCUGAAGGAACUGGUUGACACAGCCCACUCAAUGGGACUGUUUGUGCUGCUGGAUGUCGUCCACAGCCACGCGUCGAAAAACACAGAGGAUGGUCUCAACCUAUUUGACGGGACUGAUUCCUGCUUUUUCCAUUCUGGAGCCCGUGGCACUCACUUGCUGUGGGACAGCCGUCUUUUUAACUAUUCAAACUGGGAAGUACUGAGAUUCCUGCUGUCUAAUCUGCGCUGGUGGGUGGAGGAGUAUUAUUUUGACGGCUUUCGAUUUGAUGGAGUAACAUCGAUGUUAUAUCAUCACCAUGGAAUAAGUACAGCUUUUACUGGGAAUUACAAUGAAUAUUUUGGGCUGCACGUUGAUGAGGAUGCCUUAGUGUAUCUCAUGCUGUCAAACCACAUUCUUCAUAGCUUCUAUCCAGACUUCAUCACCAUAGCAGAGGAUGUGUCGGGAAUGCCCACAUUGUGUCGGCCUGAAAUUGAAGGAGGUGGUGGCUUUGAUUUCCGUUUGGCAAUGGCUGUUCCUGACAAGUGGAUCCAGAUAUUGAAAGAGUUGAAGGAUGAAGACUGGAACAUGGGUAAUAUUGUCUACACAUUAACAAACCGGCGGUAUGGAGAGAGGUGUAUCGCCUAUGCCGAGAGCCAUGACCAGGCCCUUGUUGGGGACAAGACAUUAGCAUUCUGGUUGAUGGACGCUGAGAUGUACACGAACAUGAGUGUUCUGACACCCUUCACACCAGUAGUGGAUCGCGGCAUGCAGUUGCACAAAAUGAUCCGUCUCAUCACACAUGCUCUGGGAGGAGAGGGAUAUUUGAAUUUCAUUGGCAAUGAAUUUGGGCACCCAGAAUGGCUGGACUUCCCCCGAAUAGGAAAUAAUGAAAGUUACCAUUAUGCCAGACGGCAAUUUAAUCUUCUGGAUAAUCAUCUCCUUCGUUACCGGCAGCUGAACACUUUCGAUGCAGACAUGAAUAAAUUGGAAGACAAAUAUGGUUGGCUCGCGGCACCACCGGCCUAUGUGAGUGAGAAGCAUGAGGAGAACAAGGUGAUCGCCUUUGAGCGUGCAAAUCUUCUUUUUAUCUUCAACUUCAACCCGAACAAGAGUUUUCCCGACUACAGAGUGGGAAUAGAUCAACCUGGGAAAUAUAAAAUUGUGCUGGACACUGACUCAACAGAUUACGGUGGUCACGGUCGAUUAAACCACAACACAGAGUUCUUCACAGAUGCCCAAAUUCAAAACAAUCGUCCCAACUCUAUGCUGUUCCGAAGUGGUGAUAAUGAAUUUUCCCUGAGGAGAAACCAUGCUGCCGAGCUCGUGGGUUACGGAACUUUGCACUUUUGUGAAAAUUCUUUAAAGGUGUAUAUUCCCAGCAGGACUGCCAUCGUUCUCGCUAGCAUGGACAUUAACAAAUGAAGGCAGGAGAGGUUUGGCUGGCUGUCAGGUGUCUUGGUGCCAAAGAGGACAAAUAAGAAAAACUGUUUUACAACUAAACCCUAACCCUCCCCAACCACCUCCAACUUUCAACCUCUAGUCAUCAACAAGUGAUGAACGGCUGUAACUUUUAGUCAUUUGUUUUAUUGUAAAUUGAGUACAAGUGUGACCCCCUCUUGGUAAUUGAGCUGGAUAUCAUUCUGUCUCACUCACUUUGUCAGUAUGUCAACUCUUUCAGAUAUUAGUUUACAGAGGCUGAAGGCUGUCAGCCCUCACUACUGACUAACUGCAUUGUGCUAGAAAGGGAGAGAAACUCACUGAUACCAACAUAGGAACCAUAAACUUUUGUACUGACCAAGCAUCCCAAUGACAGGGUAUUAGUAGAUUUUUGAUGAUUACAUUUGGCACUUCUUUGUGUUAUGCCACCCAUGAGGUCAAACAAGAAUGGCACAAAGUUCCUCCCUCACCCUCAGUUGAAUCCUUCACUCCAAUCCUACCCUUUUUUUGCCAUUUCUCCUCCUGAUUGGUGUGAAGAUGUCAGGAACACAUCACUGUGCAGUGAAGCUUCUACACUAGCCUCAUGUACCCCGCGAUCCCCCACACUUUCCCUCAACACACACCCACCCACACCCACUGCCUGAGUCAGUUUUUGGAAAUGGAAUUAAAACAUUGAACCUAGCUGAUGAGGAAGAGAUUCUCCCUUCAUAAAGUGUUUUCAAUUCAUAGAAACUGUUCAAAUUAUGGAGUGUUCUACUGUACAAUAGUGAAGAACAAAAUUCAAAUUAAAAGUAACUCAGUAAACUUUAUCAUUGUAUAAGUUUGAAAAUUAAAAACAUGGAAUAAAUAGAAUGAGAUA